CUUAGUGACGCCACUGGUUGAUGCGCUUCCACCGCAGUUAAAGUUUGUUUUUCUUUGCUUAAUGACAAAAUAACUAAAGAAGCAUCGACGCGUUUCUUCACAGUCACUAAGUUAUUGUUACUGUCAUCCAGUCUGGGUGUCACGGUGAUGACGUCAGGAGUGAAGGAGCAGCGGGCUGGGAGCGCGCAGCUCAGACACAAACGGAGCUGAGCCAGGAGCGUGUUGUCCUCGCGGACAGUCGGACCGAGCAGCAGCAGCAGUAGGGUCAGCAGCAGCAGGGUCAGCAGCAGCAGCAGCAGCAGGGUCAGCAGCAGCAGCAGCAGAGUCAGCAGCAGAGCCAUGAACAGGUCUGCGGCUCCCAGCCCGCAGCGGUUCGGCAGCAGCGGCUCGCUGGGCUCAGUGGACCAGGAGCUCCUCAUCACGUCCACCUUCGGGACGCUGCUGUCGGUGGUCUACGUCGUCGGGGUGUCCGGGAACGUGUACACGCUGGUGGUGAUGUGCCACUCCAUCCGCCUCGCCACGUCCAUGUACGUGUCCAUCAUCAACCUGGCGCUGGCGGACCUGCUCUACCUGUCCACCAUCCCCUUCGUGGUGUCCACCUACUUCCUGAAGGACUGGUACUUCGGGGACGUGGGCUGCCGCGUCCUGCUCAGCCUGGACCUGCUCACCAUGCACGCGAGCAUCUUCACGCUCACGGUCAUGUGCACGGAGCGCUACCUGGCCGUGACGCAGCCGCUGGACACGGUCCGGCGCUCCAAGAGCUACCGGAAGGCUCUGGCCUGGGGGGUGUGGCUGCUGUCCCUGGUCCUGACCCUGCCCAUGAUGGUCAUGGUGGCGCAGACCACCAAGACGCUGCCGGAGGGGGGCGUGAAGCGGAUGUGCGCGCCCACCUGGGCGCCCCUGGCUUAUAAGGUUUACGUGACGGUUCUGUUCGGGACCAGCAUCAUGGCYCCCGGGCUCAUCAUCGGGUACCUGUACAUCCGGUUGGCCCGCACCUACCUGGAGUCCACGCGCAGCUGUGUGAUCAGAGGCAGCAGGAGGUCCCCCAAACAGAAGGUUCUGAUCAUGAUCUUCACCAUCGUGCUGGUGUUCUGGGCCUGCUUCCUGCCCUUCUGGAUCUGGCAGCUGCUGCCCCUGUACCACAGCCAGCCGCUGAGCCUGGCCUCUCACACGCACACCUGCAUCAACUACCUGGUGGCCAGUCUGACGUACAGCAACAGCUGCAUCAACCCGUUCCUCUACACGCUGCUCACCAAGAACUACCGGGAGUACCUGAAGAACCGCCACCGGAGCUUCUACAAGUACACGUCCUCCUUCAAGCAGCGGCCGCCCAGUCUGCACUCCUGGGGCAAGUCCGCCUCCUCCAGCAACCAGUUCGACUUCAACUCCGAGACCCUGGUCAUGGGCGCGCUCAGGUGACGCGCGAGCCUCGUGCGUAAAAGCUCCUGGUGACAGAAUGACCGGUGGUUUUAAACUGACCACAGUGUAAAUUAUG